UUCUAUCAUCGGCUGUUAGUUUUCCAUUUAGCUUAAUGCCUUUGAGGUGAACUGAACCAGAGGAACUCCGUGUUUCAGGCCUCAGCAGGUCCGGCUUUUGUGGGCGGAGGCAGUUCGUGGGCGGCGAUAGUUAAAGCAGAUUCUGUGGAAGCGGACCUUUAACGCCUUGCAGACUUCCUGAAGCUGCAGAGCCCGGCUGAGAUGGCGUUGGUGGGGAAAACCGCGGUGGUGACCGGAGCGGCCAUUGGGAUCGGAAGAGCUUUGGCGGAGAUCCUGCUGGAGAACGGAGCCAAGGUGGCUCUGCUGGACAUUAAUGAGGCUGCAGCAGAGCGCCCCCUGCAGGCGCUGGAGCAGCACUUCGGGGCAGAGAAGACCAUCUUCCUGAAGUGUGACGUUGAAUCCGAGCAGCAGAUCAGAGCUGCAUUUAAGAAAACCGUAGAAACCUUCGGGGGAAUCGACAUUUUAUGCAACAACGCCGGCGUCCUGAACGAAACCAGCUGGGAGAAAACCAUUUCCAUCAACCUGAUGGGUGUGAUCAGAGGGACCUACGUGGCUCUGGAGCAGAUGAACCAGCUGAGCGGCGGCCGCGGCGGAGUCAUCAUCAACACGGCCUCCAUGGCAGGAAUCGGUCCGUUGCUGAGCUGCCCCUCUUACACAGCAAGCAAGUUUGGAGUGGUGGGAUUCACCCGAGCCAUGGCCGCUGCCUCUGAGGCUUCUGGGUACGGCAUUCGGUUCAACGCGGUUUGUCCUGGCUUCGUGCAAACCGACCUGAUAACCAACAUCCCGGUUCGGCUGGGUCAGUUCUCCAACCUGGCCGCCGCCACACACAAACUGGUUGACGUGAUGGGGACGAUAGCGGUUUCUGAUGUCGCCGCCGCCGCCUUGGAGCUGCUGAUAGACGACACGAAGAACGGCGAGGCCCUGCUGGUCUUACAGAGUGGAGCCACGUACAUGCAGUUCCCUACAUUCAAUCCAACACAAAAUAAACCCUUAUAAUACGAACAGUAACCAACAUCUGGAUUCAGUUCUGCAAAAAACCCAUCAGACCUGCUGUGGUCUUAAAUACCAAAGAUCACAGCUCCUCUUUUCGCCACAUUGUUUCUAUAAUUUACUUUUUCUCUUGUUUCUAGUCAUUUUCUACCACUGUUUGAAACCCAAGCUAAGGAAAUAAAGAAAUUAACAGCAUUAUAGUAAAGAA